AUUUUUCCACACAGCCUUUUCAACUCCCUAGCAUUUGAGAAAGUUGCUAUACAGCAACAACUUUUCAUGAAGAAACCGUAUUUUACAACAAAGACAGACUUUUCUAAAGUUUCAUUAUGGAGACGAAUAACUGCGCUGUUAUCCACUUGUUUUUCUGAUCUCUUUGUCAUCUAACACUUGACAUGAGCUCAGCUUGCCACAUAGGCUCUCAGACAGAAUGUGAGAAAGCUCCUUUUGUGCCUGGCUACAAUCUGGCAGGAGAAGGUUUUGAUGUGGUCCAGAUGCGCAGUAAAGGUGCAUUUUUGAUCAAUGUCAAGUCACACUUGGUGGACAACAGGACUUGUACUGUCUGCGGGAACCGAUUUCAGGGUGGACAGAUGCAGAAACUGCCGUCGGCCGUGCUGGACUGGCGUCCCUUCAGCCGUUGCAGUAAACAGCUCUCUAGUGCACUUCAUCAUUCUGUUAACUCUCUCAUGAAAACCUCGACUUCUCUCAUUAAUAACAACUGGGGAAUGGAUCUCAGCCUGGAGGAUGUGGGAAAAGCCAUUUUAGGAGGGAGCCGGUCAGAUAUUGCUAAAUUUGCCAAAUCUCAGAAUUCAGUGGAUAAAGCCACUUUUGCUCUUCAUGAGAUCAGCUGCACGUAUUACAGUUACAGACUUACAGACCACCCAGAACUCAGCGCUGAAUUCUCAAAACAUUUGCAGCAACUUCCGUCACAAUAUUACGACAAAACAAAACCCCUCUACAGAAGGACUAUAGAUACAUAUGGCACUCACUACAUACGUCAAGUCCACCUUGGAGGUCGAGUGAGACGGGUCACAGCUUUUCGAACUUGCCUUGCAACCCUGAAAGGCUUGUCUGAGACUGACAUCAAAAACUGCCUAAGCAUUGAGUUAAAGAUAGCUUUGGGAUUUGUACCUGCUAAUGUCUCCUUUUCCAAUAAAUGCUCUCAAAUCCUUAAAGAUCACAUGAGCAUGGGCUUCUACCAGGGUUUCAUGACGCAUAAAAUAGAGGUGCUGGGAGGUGAGAAAUACUUUCCAGAUCUUGUUUUAAACCAAAGCCCAGCGGAAGCCUACUCGAGUUGGAUGAUGAGUUUGCAUGACAACCCAGAUGUUAUAUCAUAUUCAAUUUUCCCUCUUCAUCAUCUGGUGGCUGAUCCUGAUGUCAGAGCCAAUCUGAGAAAAGCAGUUACAGAGUACAUCGAGGAGAACAGGCUUCCUGUAGAUCACGAAGAAAAUCGAAAAUGUUCUCAAGCACCAAAUCUGGACCACAACUGCUGCCCUAUGCGAGCCGGCCGUGGCACGUUGAAGGUGUUGGUGCAGAGAGCUGCCGGCUUGAAUGCGGACUUCUUCACACGCACUGAUGGUUUUGUGAAAAUUUGGUACAAUCUCAUGUAUGAAGAAACCGAGGUGAUUAUGGAUAAUAAUGACCCAGAAUGGAAUGCCAACUAUGAUUUUGAAUCAAUUGAGUUUGGUCAUGAACUCAUAUUUGAGGUGUGGGACAGUGACGUAUUUUAUAACGACAUGGUGGGGAAGUGUGUGGUCAGCCCUGAACGUGGGACUCACUCACACAGCUGUAAAUUGAGGGGAGGCAUUCUCUAUUUUACCUACAGCGCCUCUUGCUAUACUCACCUGACUGGGCCCAUGUGUGGCAGAUAUUCACCAACAACAUGAUCAAAACAUUUCUGCGAAAUACGUUUUAGAUAGUUAAUGGUUAAACAUUGAGUUCAAAGAUUCUCACGUAUAUCUCAUAAUAUAUGAAUAUUAUCAUAAUCAUCGUUUUUCCUGAAGAUUUUUUUAUUAUUAUAUUUGUGGAGAAGUAUGCUUAAGUAGAGCAAAAUAAAUUGUUUUCCUAAAAUGUGCUGUACAUUUCUGAUUUAUUUCUAUGUUUCACUGACAUUUCUGACACGAGGUGGCGGUAGCAAAGUACAGUAAAUGUAUAUAAUUUUCAGUCAU